AUGCGUUCCAAAAAGUCAUCCGUCAAACCCUCGCUGUAUCCCGCCAUCCCCUUCCAUAUCAUCCGCUUCUUCGCCCUUCUCUCCACUAUCAUUGUCGGCAUCAUCCUCGCCGUCUUUAUUUACCACUUGCACCAACAGAACUACAAGCUACCAUGGGCGUACCUAGUCCUCAUCGUUGCCGUCGUCCUCUCCCUCAUUAACUUCACCCUAACAACCCUCGUCCACUGCUGUUGCGGCCUCUCCCCGCGCCUAAACCUAACCUCCAACACAAUCCUGCUCCUCAUCUGGCUCGCCGCCCUGGGCGUCCUAUGCUGGAGCAUGUCCCACACCAUCCUAACCACCUGCACAGAAACCUACUGGGGUAAUUCCACCGGUAUAACCGUGUGCCGCAUCUACAAGGCGUUUUUCUCCUUCACAGUUGCGGCGGUCGCCUCGCUCAUCGCGGCCGUCACGCUCGAUAUCAUCGUGCGCAAACGCCAGACUAGACUCGGGAAGUACGAUCCUAUGGCUAGUAACCCGAUGAUGGCGGGGGAUGUGAAACUGGAGGAGAGGAGUAGUGGGAGCCUGAUGGCGGCGGAUGAUCCGACUGCUGGGGCCAGGUACUAUCAUGAUGUUCCUGAUCCGCGUAUGGGCGGGGGUCUUGGGCAUGGGAGGGCUGAUAGUGUGUCAUACUCGGGGUCGAAUGUGUCGAGGAAUGGACAUCUGGAGCAGUAUCAUGCCGGGGAGGCGCAGGAUUAUUCGGAUAGUGCGCCGGCGAGGGGUGUUUGGGGGGCGCCCAGGGUGAGGUUUAGUGCUGUUGGGUCGGGAUAUGCGCAGCCGCCGGAGCAGACGAGUUAUGAUCCUGGUGCGUAUAGGUGA